AUGAUGCCCACGCACUUUGGACCGCCUUCGGGGAGCUACAUGCCAAUGUACAUGGGCGGCCCGGUCUACGCCCAGCAGCCUCAGCAUCAGCACCAAACGGAUGUUCGGCCAUUGAGCAGCGCCGAUGUCGAGCUUGUCAUCCGCCAGCAGCCCAAGGAGGCUCUCGUCACCGUCGACGGAAAGGAGAAAGCGCGGAAACCUGUCGAUCCGCCUCCCAUCAUCCAGCUGCGCGUGAAGCCGAACGCCGAUCCUCAAGGACACUACAUGCAGAGUCCGUAUCUUAUCAUGAUUGCGGACUUGUGGCACCCUGAAGAAGACGAAGCCAACCCAGACAAGGCUUUGUCAGGUACCAUUUGCUCGUCACUUCAUCGCCUGAAGGAUGUUGACAACAAGGAUGGCGCAUUCUUCGUGUUUGGCGACAUUUCAAUCAAGCAGCAAGGCGAACACCGCCUCCGCUUCAGCCUCUUCGAUAUCCACAAGCCGGGCAACGUGUAUGAAUUCGUUACCAGCAUUAUUUCAGACAGGUUCAAAGUCGUGUCCGCAAAGGACUUUCAUGGAAUGGACGAGUCCACAUACCUUUCCCGCGCUUUCUCGGACCAAGGAGUUCGACUCAGGCUUCGCAAGGAACCAAGACACGUGAUGGGGUGA